UGAAAAGCCAUAUUACAUCGGAACAUCCUUUGUGCGCUCGGACAACACUCGAGAGGUCCUGCGAACAAAAAUCUACGAUGCCCUUUCUCCGUGAUUCGUCAAAGGGGAGAUCACACACUAACAGGUUGUAAACGCAUGGCGCUUUAGGAUCUGCAGGUAUUCUACCCUGAUCAAAAGGGCUAAUCAGUUGCUUCUUAUCGUUUGCAUCGAAGCACUCCGUAGGACCUUUCAAGAUCUGUUCUUUAGUCAUACCGUACUUAUCAAGCAAGGUUUGCACAAGACCAUCUUGAGGGGUUGCAUUCGAAUCCCCAGUGCGCUUCAACAUGGAGAAUUUGAUGAAGGUACCCUGAUCUGCAUCCUGGCAAAGAUCUGCGACCCUGUCCCCGUCGUCUCUGCACGUCGGGACGUUGAGGAAGCGAGCGAUGAAAAUCCCUUGGGCCUGCAGAGCCAUUCCAAUUGCGUUCAUGGUAAUGGAAUCAAUGAUCACGCUCUGCAGAUCAGUCUGUGUGAAGUUCUGGCUCACCCCCAAGAAGUCUCCACCUUUGAUCACUCCGUUGAUACCGUUGGUGGGAUCAUCGACAACAGCGUCGAGGGUGGAUUUGAUUGAGUUUGAAAUGGCAGCUUGGUGAUCUUUGAUCAAGUCUCCCAUGGUACUUGCGAGAUUGCUCCAGGCCAGGAAUUUAUCUACCGGCGCAGGUGGCGACGCCCUAGCGAGAACGAAUGCCAAUCCUUUGUUCACAGCGCCAGUUGCUGUGGCCAAAGUUCCUGUGAAGGGGACGGCUCCCAAGAUAGCGCCAAAAAUGUUGCCGAUGUUCUUGAGUGGGGUUACAUCAUCCUUCGGAUCAGGGUAGACGUCUGUGACAAUUUCUCCAAGCUUCAGCGAGAGUAUCGAUGCUGCGAAGUUGAUCGCAGUGUUGAGUGAAUUCAUGUAAUUGUUCCAAUUCUGAAUCGCGAUAGCGGCAUACCU